GUUAUCUGAUUUUCUCUCACUCACACUCCAUCUAGAUCUCCCAUCAUGGCCGACCUAGAGUCCCACGAUCAGACACCCAAGGAAAGAGCCCUACUUGUCAAGGAAAGCGAUGUCUCCGGCAGUAAAGCUGAGGUUGAAGCAAACUCCGACCCGAACCCUAAUCAGGCUAUUCAACCAUCUGAACCAACAAAGUCGACAGCUACCGAUGAAGUGGGGUUAGAAGAGGAGGGAUCUUCCGAUGACGAACCUCAGCCCCCAGACUUCAAAGGUCGAGGACCGAUCUCGUAUAACUCAUCCGGGCGUCCGAAACCCUCCAAACCCUCCAAACCCCGCUGAUACUAAUAGUGGUGGUGUACCUUGACCCGCGAAUGCAAUGCUUCCUGUGGUCUGCACGAUCACUCGAAUGUUGAGUUUUUCUGAAGAUACAGCUCCGUGAUUUCGGCAACCGCCCAGGCAGUGCUUUCGAGCUGUCGACCUCAAUAACUCAAUCUGUCACCUCAUAAAAAUUCAACAGCAAACUUACGCUCGUGCAUAGGACUCGGCACAUCAUGAUGCCCUCUGCGCAAAUUCAUAUCAUUGUAUAUAUCGAUACAAUGGACGAGUUUGGGCGCCCCUCAGUUCAUAGAAUAUGUUGUUGAUGUCACAAACAUCCCUCAACUUUGGUACAUCUUUCCGAGUUCAGCAAGUGUCA